UCGAUAGAACGUUUUCGGGCGAUUCAGUUAUCCACGAUAACGUGAGUUUGCCGGAACUGCCCUUCAAAUAAAACGCUGUGAUUCCUCUCCAAAACUUCUUAAAACAAUAAAAAUAAAAUGGGUGUCCCAGCUGGAGAUGUUGAAAAAGGCAAAAAAAUCUUUGUACAAAGAUGUGCUCAAUGCCACACGGUUGAAGCUGGAGGAAAACAUAAAACCGGGCCGAAUUUACACGGAUUAUUCGGCAGAAAAACAGGACAAGCAGCAGGAUUUGCUUACACCGACGCUAACAAAGCGAAAGGAAUUACGUGGGGACCCGAUACCUUAUUCGAAUACUUGGAGAACCCCAAGAAAUACAUACCAGGCACAAAGAUGGUCUUCGCCGGCUUGAAAAAACCAAACGAAAGGGCGGACCUCAUCGCGUAUUUGGCAGACUCGACGAAGUGAGCUAGAAAUAAAUAAAAGCAAUGUAACAGGCUUAAGCGGGAUUAUUCGCCCUUAUUUAAGAUAAUUAAGUUUUAAAUAAUCCGAUCAAUCCAGUUCUAAGUUUGUGCAAGUAGUAUUUGACCGAUCGCAAGACAGUUUUCAUCACUUGUCCAUAGUCGAGUGAAAUACGUGUAAAAAACUAG